GGAGUAACUUUGGAAACAGUAGAACCACAGCAUACACUAUAAGAUUUGACCUUCUGAUAAGUGAACUCCGCAUCCUUCUCCGAUACUGCUCAGCAGUAGCCGCCAUCAUGUCUCACUUGUCGCUGAAAAUCACGGCGGUGGGCUUAGGCCUCACGAAGACUAUGCAGUUUUCGGGCGAUAUGUCAGUAUAUGAAGUUUGCCGGGAAAUCCGUGAAAAGUUCGGCGAGGGUGCCGGUGGUCAAGAUCAUGGACUCAUGGCCCCCGAUUCUGGGAAAUGGCUGCAGCCAUCGAAGCUUCUUGACUUCUACGACCUCGUGUCCGGCGAUUCAUUAGAAUAUCGAAAGAAGCAUCGUCCGCUAAAAGUGAAAACGAUGGACAACAGCGUCAAGACGGUUCUCAUCGACGAAAGUCUAAAUGUACAGCAACUUGUCGAAAUUAUUUGCGAGAGGAUAGGCAUCCAAAACCCCGAGGAAUACUCCAUUUUGCCUGAGAGAUCGUUGGAGGCCGCGCAACAAGGCGUGGGAAAGGACGCUAAGACUCAACCGAAAGCAAAGGUUGGUCUGGACACGUUAGCAGGGGACCAAACCAAAUGGCUUCACCCGGACAAGACCCUGCGAGAACAAGGCGUCAACGAAGAAGAUACGGUCAUGCUGAAAAAAAAGUUCUUCUUCACUGAUCAAAACAUUGACCGAAACGAUCCGGUGCAGUUGAACCUGAUGUUCAACCAGGCGAAGGAGAUGAUCAUUUCCGGCAAGCAUCCCUGUACAGCCGAGGAGGCCUGUCAAUUUGCUGCCAUUCAAAUGCAAGUCCAGUAUGGAAAUCACGAGCCCGACAAACACAAAGCUGGGUUCAUCAAGGUAAAGGAAUACAUCCCUCCAGAAUACCAGAAGGACAAGAAUCUGGAGAAGCGGAUCUAUACGGAGCACAGUAAACUGCAAGGCUUGACGGAGCUCAAUGCCAAAUUUCGAUAUGUACAGCUCUCACGGUCGCUGAAAACCUACGGCAUUACCUUCUUCUACGUCGAGGACGAGACAGCCAAGAAGAAGAAAGAUUCCGCGAUGUUACUCGGCAUUACCAAGCAGAGUGUUGUCAAAUUGGAUCCACUCACCAAAGAAAUCAUCCGUGAAUGGCGUCUGACACAGUUGCGUCGCUGGGCGGCGUCACCUAACAGUUUCACCAUGGACUUCGGAGAUUAUGCUGAGGCAUACUUCUCAGUUCGGACGAAAGAGGGGGAGCAAAUUUCGCAACUGAUCGCAGGGUAUAUUGACAUCAUCAUCAAGAAGCGGAAGGAAGCAGAAAAGGUGGUGGAAAUUGACGAGGAGGAGCAAGCAACUCUAGAGGAAUAUGUGACACCGAGUCGAGCCACCAAUGUUGGCGUUGUUACUGCCGGUGCAAGAACAGCCGUGGAAACGAAGAUGUCUCAACCUACGAUGAUGGCAGAUGGGAUGAGGGCCGGAUGGGGUCGCACGGGAGCGAACAUAUAUCCAGUGCAGUAUGGUGUAGUUGGAGGCGGUUAUACCGCACGAACGUCGGAAAUUUCUGGAGCUCAACAAACUGUCAUGCAGAGUAUCAGUAAUGGAUUUGCUAUGGUUAACAAUGCGGCAAACGACAUGAAUCACGCAACCAACCUACCUCCGCUCGGUAACGACGCUGCAGCAGUUCAGUGGAAGCAAAACACUGUGGACGUAAACGCCGAGGCCGUUGCCGCUCAGAUUAUUGCAAAUCUUGCGGCGGCAGGAUCUUUGGUGAACAACGCAACAGGUGCAAUGGAAGAAAUGGAUUACGAGGUCAUUGGGGCAAACAUCGUAACGAUGACUUCCAAUCUUGGUCAAAUGGCGCAAGGAAUUAAACUGCUUGCUGGUCUGCAAGAGAAUCACGAAGAUCAGGAACACCUCUUGGCGGCAGGCAGAGAAAUUGCUAUCGCAGCAGCGAAGUUUCUCGAAGCCGCCCAGCCACUCUGCAUGGGGCAAACCACUGGCCGGGAGGAGUUCUUUAAUCACGCCAAAGAGGUCUCCGCCGCGUCUGCAAACCUCUUGAUGUUGAUGGGAAGGCUGGAUGUGGACGAUGCGUCUCAGGAUGAUCUGCUUCAAGCGGCAAAAUACGUUACCAAGUACGCUAUGGAUCUGAUCAAUACUGCACGCCCGAUGGCAAGCGGCACCAAAGACCCCGAUGCACAAGCCAUGAUCAGCUUCAAUGCUCAAAGAGUUGGUGAAACAUGUCCAGCGCUCGUCGCCUGUCUGACUGCUGUGUGUCCUGCAAUCACCAAUACUCAGUGUUUCGAGCAAUUUGCCGAGUCAGCCAUGCUACUGCGUGAUGCCGUGGAGCAAUUAGUGCUGUCUUCGGAGGCCGCUGGAAACCCGAAAUUAGAGAAAACUAUGAAGGAGAGCGCGCAGAGGGUUGCAGAAAACAUUGCUAAGCUGGUAGAGAAGGCAAAACGAGGCGGGAAUACGUCGACAGAAGAUCCGUUCGACAUCCAGCAUGACGCAGUACUCAACUCUAUCGACCAAAUGUUCCAGCAAAUCGACACCGUUGAUGGUGUGGUCAAUGGGGCUAGGGAUCUUACCAUGAUCGCGAUGCAGUACGUCAACAUGCUCAAAGGUCUGGGACUGGAUGUCGAAGAUUCUGACGAGAAGAAUCGGCUCCUGUAUGUGGCGCGAUCCCUUGGAGAUGCGACGUCAAAGAUGGUGGCCGCAGCCAAGGACUCCUCGAGGAAUCUCAACGAUCCCGCUGCAAGGGGGCGACUGGAAGAUGCGAUUCUUUCGGUGCGCGCGGCAGCCAAUGAGGCUGCCGGACCCCAACUCCGAAAUAAGGCGUUCAACAGGCUAGUGAAGGCAGUUCGAGACUCGAUCGCUUCCUCAAACCAGCUCAUCUCGGCUUCGCGCGCCACAGCGCAAUCCAACCGGAACCAAGCAUCGCAAUUGCAGCUGAAUCAAGCAGCGCGGCGAAUCAACGAGAUCACGCCGGCUCUUACGACUGCGAUGAAAAACUCGGCGAGCGAGCCGGAGAACAUGGCCGCUCAGCUGAAACUUAUCGAAGCGGCGAAGAAGUUCAUUGCCCCUUGCGCCUCUCUGAUCGCUAUGGCCAAAGUAUCCGUACCCACCAUUGCCGAUACUUCAUCACAGUCGUCCAUGAUCAACACAAUGAAGCAGACGGAGGAUGACGUCUCCAAAUUGGAGCGUGCUUUCAUUCUAGCAGAAGAAGCAAGUGCUGGAAUGGAAAUGGAAAGCGCAGUAUAUUCAUUGCAAGUGCACCAAGAAGAGCUCACUGCCGCCGCAUCAAAUCCAGCCGCCCUGGUUCCCAUUGAAGGGUAUACAGCCGAAAUGUCGCAGACCGAAAUCCUGAACGCUGUUAAAGCUUUGCAGAACAACAUUGCCCAUCUCGCUGGAGGGGUUCAACAAAGGAAUGAGAAAGUGGCCGGCAAUGCUGCCACUGAUGCUGUCGCUGCAUUACAAUCGCUUUCCUUCGCGGCACUGGCUUUAGCAUCGGUCGAGAAUGACUUCAGUCUCCGUCAGGAUCUUCUGAACGCCGCCAAUGGUGUCACAGGUGCACUCUCGAACUUGCUGGCAAGCUCGAAGGAGGUUGGACAGGACCCAAAACGUCAAGCGUACUUUGAGAGCGAAGUCCAAGGCAUAUCGGAAGCGUUGGGCGAUUUGACCAAGUUCUUACCGGGUCAACGAGAACUCGAUAAAGCAAUCACUCAGGUUCAUCAGGUUGGCGAGCAGAUCAGACAGAAAGGCCUGUCGACCAAAGGUUCGAGCGGUGUGACUUUCCAGGCUGCUCAGAGCAAGCUCCAGGCAGCUGCGACUGGCAUCACUGUGUCCGCCAAUGGCUUGGUGAUCGCUUCUCGUGCUUCUCCGGAGGAACUGAAACAGUACGCUCAGCAGUUUGGUCAAGCAUAUACCAAACUUGGAGAUGCCAGUGGAGUGUAUGCUGGAACGACGCAGGACGAAGUUGCAAAAGGGCAUAUCACCCAUAUCUUGGUGGACGUUGCUCAAUCAUCGGAGAAGCUCUUGACUAUCAGCAAAGCCUCAGCAUUGGACCCUUCGAACGCUGUCUUCCGAACACAAUUGAUGAACGAAGCCAAGUCUAUCAGCGAAAGAGUGAACAAGUUACUGGAUGUGUGCUCUGCUUCCGCACCUGGACACGCUGAGUGCAACAUUGCUCUGCAGGGCCUAAACGACGCCGCAGCGCGGCUGGAUUCAGUGAACGAUGCCAGUUCCAACCAAGAUUCUUACGCUGAAAGCAUUGCCAAAGCCUCUGACUCCUACAAGUCUUUGUCUGCAAUACUAGCUUCAAUUGUUAGCAAUGCUCGAUCCGGCAGCGUCGCCAAGAUCGCGAGUGACGCUGCCGAGUUGUCGAACCACAUCAGCUCUGUAACAGACAGUAACGUCCGUGCAGCUUACAUGGUUGGAGUUUCGGAUGAGUCCUCGAUCCCAGCCAUUCCCCCGAUUGUUGAUCAAGCGAGUCUGGCCAAUUUUGCCCACGAUAUCAAGGAAGCCUGCAGGAAAUUGGUCGAUGAGGGGAAUUCACAGCAGCAAAUCCUCGAAAUUGCGGGCACGAUCGCCAAGCAAACGGGUGGUCUUUGCAGUGCUUGCAAAGUUGCGGCCGCAAACCCGCAAAUCACAUCAACAGCAAAGGCAAACUUUUUGAAUGCCUCGAAAGAUAUAGCCACACGUACCUCGGCGCUGGUCGAAACAAUAAAGCUACUUGCACUCAAACCUAGUGCAGAAGCGCGAAACCGUUGUCACGAAACGUCGGUACCGUUGACUGAUGCCAUCGAUAAGUUGCUGAGUUUCGCCGUAUCGCCAGAAUUCGCCGGAACGGAGGCCAAGAUGGGAUCUGCUGCUCUUGCGGCUCAGAAGCCCAUCCUUGAGGCCUCGCAGGCAAUCAUCCUCGCUGGACAAGAGUUCCUUGGUACAGUCAAAAUGAUCUGCAGCAACCCGAAAGAUGAGGGGUCACAGCAGAUGCUGCAAGCUCAUAGCAGAGCUUUGGUGGACGCCGUUCAGGGAUCUUUGCAGACCGUGACCACCUCCGCGCCAGGGCAAAAGGAGUGCUCUAUCGCACUAGAAAAGCUGUCGCAGUCAGUUGUGAGUGUCGACAGUGCCAUUGUGGAAGCUACGGUCAACAACCUUGCACCGCAAGCGGAGACGAUGAACGCCGCUGCGUUGGUAGAUACGGCUCGUGCCAUGGCCAGCUUAUGUGAUGUACUGGCAAAGGCAGCAAAGGAGGAUGCGACUGGCAUAGGCGCUUCUGUCAACGAGCUCCCGGCGUCAUACGAGAGGGCAUCGCUCGCUGCCAUUUGCCUUGCGUCCAACAUGGUGGACAUGCAUCAACAGAUGAGCAUAUUGGAGCAAAUCAAAGCUCUCGGAGAAGCCAUGAAUGCCUUCGUGUAUGCGGCUAAGGCUAACGGCGGAAAUGGAAAGAACGCCGCCGGAGGAAAGAAGGUCGAAGAGGAGAAAGCCAAAGUCCGGACGGCCGUCAGCAAACUCGUCGCGACGCUCGAAGGAUCUCGUGAUGAAUCUGGAGAAUUCACAAAGGCGGUGGAGACCAUCGAGUCGACACUUUCGUCCGUAGACUCCAAGAUCCCCGAUACUGUGCAGAAAGCAUAUCACUUGUACGAGGAGGAUGCCGAGGCCGUCGGAAAGCAGAUUGUGGCGACUGUGGGAGACGUCAUAGCCAAAGCAAAGACACCAGCGCAAUUCCGUCAGAUGGCAGGGACUAUCGCCACGCUAUAUGAUGACAUGUGCACAAAAGGUGGAUGUGCGGUUCGCGCCACGAGCGAUACCAAAGUUCAGGAGAGCAUCAAAGACGGCCUGAGAGGUCUCGGGGCUUCCGGAGUCAAGCUGAUUGAAGCCAUUCGCCACGCCAGCGGCAAGAGUGCUGCAGAUCAAGCUUCGAGAGCUAAACUCAGUGCUGCCGCUCGCGAAGUAUCGAUUUCAGUAGCCAACAUGAUGGGCGUGGUGAAGGAAGGGUCAAAAGGGAUCUUGCAGUGUAAGAUGGCGAUGGAGGACAUCAACAGCAUUGUGGCCGAUUUGGAAGGAAACUUGAUCUUUGCCCAAGCUGGGCAGCUCGAUCCUGUAGACGUAAAGGACAACUUUGCCCGGCAUAAGGACCCGUUAUUGAGCGCUGCGCGAGCGUCAACUGAGGAGCUCAAAGCGUACAUUGGUGCCGUAGGGGCUACGCAAGACGAACUGGCAACCGUAGUCACCGCAUCUGUGACGGCCCUGAGCGCGCUUAGGGACAAAGUUCGUCUUGGUGCUACUGCAGUCACAUCCGCCGACAAGCACAUGCAGCAACAGCUACUGAAUUCCGCGAAGGCCGUUUCAGAAGGACUGCAGGCCCUGAUCGCCAGCGCGAUCAAUGCAUGUGGGCGGUCCCCAGACGAUCCUGCAAUGAUGGAAUUUGCCGAAAAGCUGAGAACGGAGUUCCUCGCGAUGAGGGAACUUAUCAGAGGCGCCCGCGUGCUGGGAGACGAAGCUACUCGGGGGACUCGCGCUCUGGAAGGCGCGAUGGCGGAAAUCGACGAGGCAUUGGGUGUCUUGACAUCAGUAGCACCUGCUCAAGGUACAGCACUGCCCGAUGAAGUAGCGGGAUCCGCAAAACUCCUAGCUACUGCCGCCGCCGCCCUGGUUUCUGCGGCAUCGGGCAAGCAGGAGGAUAUAGUGGCAUCAGCCAACGCGAUAAAGAAACAGAUGGAAGACCUUAUCCGGUCAGCAAAAGCCGCCACGGAAAAGGCGCCGCCAGAACAAAAGGGCCAGAUGGUCGAUGCAGUCCGAAAGGCAGGAGACGCCGUGAAGAACCUCCUCGCCCGUCUAAAGACCCAACAGGAGCACAACAACCCCGACAACAAAACGAAGGUCCAGAUGGCCGCGAAGGAUGUUGCGCUAUCCGUCAAUGCCAUUGUCACCGCUGCUAGCGCAUUACUACCGGCUGGUUACGUUGAUGCCAACGACCCGAACGUUAUUGCUGAGAGGGAGUUGCUGGCCGCCGCUGCUUCCAUCGAUGCUGCCGCACGGAAGCUGGCUAGCCUCGCACCGCCGCGUCCCAAGGAGAUCAACGAAGAUCUGAACUUCGAGGAGCAGAUCGUUGAAGCCGCAAAGGCCAUCGCCGCUGCGACCGCUGGUUUAGUGCGAUCGGCAACGGGCGCUCAGCGUGAACUCGUCGCGAAAGGACGGACGGGUCCGAAGGAAGAGGCCAUGUACUUUUCUGACGGAACUUGGAGCGAUGGAUUGGUUAGUGCUGCAAAGACCGUGGCUGGCGCGACGGGAGACCUCUGCGAUACAGCAAACCAAGCCAUGAAGGGCAAACUGGAGCGAGAGAGGGUCAUCGUCAGUGCGAAAGCUGUUAGCUCCUCGACAAUCCAACUGCUGUCCGCAGCGACGGCUCGCGCGGAUCCGAACUCACAGGCUCAAAUCAGAUUGAGAGCAGCCGGAAAGGCCGUUACCAACUCGACGGACAACUUAGUCCGUGCAGCUCAACAGAACCUCGCAUUCGACGAUGCGGACCAAUUCUCAUCUGUGAUGUCGGCUAGUGGGAAAGGUGGCGUCGCAAGCUCGAGAGUGGCCGAGAUGGACGCGCAGGUCGCCAUCCUCAAGAUGGAGAAGGAGCUAGAGAAGGCGCGAAUGAAGCUGGCGUCUGUUAGGAAAGGCCGAUAUGAUGCAGGCAAGGCCGGGGCGGCACCGACACCAGCGGCCGCACCGGCACCAACUCCAUCGAAACCCGGCGUGCAGACUACGAAGGAUGCAGCAGCAUCUCUGGCUGGUGUAAUAAAUCAAGGAGCCCCACCGAAGGCCGCAGCCAGGGCACGCGGCCAGGCACAAUGA